UAGUAGUCUUAGCAAAGAAUUGUCCACACCUGCUUGAACUUGAUCUUAUCAACUGUAAUCAGAUAACAAAUGGAGCAAUUCAACCAGUUUUCGAACAUUGUACACAAUUACGAGAACUUCGACUUGCUUAUUGUACUCAUCUCACUGAUGAUUCAUUUAUAAAAACGAUGCCAUCCAUAUUUGAACAAUUACGAGUCCUUGAUCUCACAUCAUGUGCUCACAUCACUGAUCAAGCAAUUCAUAAAAUUGUUCAUAGUGCACCGAAAUUACGUAACCUUGUCUUGGCCAAAUGUGGACAUAUAACUGAUGAAGGAGUUUAUUAUAUUACAAGAUUGGGUCGUCAUUUACAUUAUCUUCAUCUAGGACACUGUUCCCUGAUCACGGAUCAUUCAAUAACUCACCUCGCUCGUCAUUGUACUCGAUUAAG